GGAGGUCGGGUUCCCCCAGCUCAAGGGCUCCGAGUACUACCUUCCUUCCACCCGCCCUCUCCUUUCCUCCUCUUCUCCUCCCCUCCUCCCCGCCCCAACCAGUCCCCUCCCCUCCCCGCUCGCUCUCUCUAGGGGAGGGAGGGCGGAGAGGUAGGUGGGUGGGCAGUGUGCGCCUGCGCGGAACCCCGCGGUCCGGUCCUGAGCAGGAGCGGCUCUGGGGUGGCUGGCGGUUGCCGUGGGGACCCGGCCGCGCCCCUCCUUCCCCGCCCACCCCACUCCACCCUACCAGUUCCUCCCCAGCCCCGGGUAGAUCUUGCUCUCGCUGACUGACCCCUGCUCCUCCUCUCUCUUUCCUCCCCCCACCCCCCGGCCCCCGAGCUGCAGCCGGAGACCGGGGGAAGAGGCGGCGCCCGCUUCCCAAGAUGUCGCAGACGGCCAUGUCCGAGACCUACGAUUUUUUAUUUAAGUUCCUGGUAAUUGGAAAUGCAGGAACUGGCAAAUCGUGCUUACUUCAUCAGUUUAUUGAAAAGAAAUUCAAAGAUGAUUCAAAUCACACUAUAGGUGUGGAAUUUGGUUCAAAAAUAAUAAAUGUAGGUGGAAAAUAUGUAAAAUUACAGAUAUGGGAUACAGCAGGACAAGAACGAUUCAGGUCUGUGACAAGAAGUUACUAUAGAGGUGCAGCAGGAGCUCUAUUGGUCUAUGACAUUACCAGCCGAGAAACCUAUAAUGCACUUACUAAUUGGUUGACAGAUGCAAGAAUGCUAGCAAGUCAAAAUAUUGUUAUAAUACUCUGUGGGAACAAAAAAGAUUUAGAUGCAGAUCGUGAAGUUACUUUCUUAGAAGCUUCCAGGUUUGCCCAAGAAAAUGAGCUUAUGUUUUUGGAAACAAGCGCACUAACAGGGGAGAAUGUAGAAGAAGCCUUUGUUCAAUGUGCAAGAAAAAUACUCAAUAAAAUUGAAUCAGGUGAACUGGAUCCAGAAAGAAUGGGCUCAGGUAUUCAGUAUGGUGAUGCUGCCUUAAGACAGCUCAGAUCACCACGUCGUGCACAAGCCCAAAGUGCUCAAGAGUGUGGCUGUUAAAAUUUUUGACAAUAUAGAAAACUAAGCUCUAUAUACAAAUGAUAUUUGGGAAGCAACUGAUGAAGCUUCAAGGUUCUGCCGUUUUUAUCACGAUCUUUCCACUCUGUGUCUGAAGUAGACCAUUGCUGGGGGAAAAAUAAAAGUACUUCAAGGUGUUAUGCAAGAUAGUCAAUAUGGCACAGCAGAUUAUAUAAUAAAUCUAAUUCAAUGGACAAUACAAUUAGAUGUAUACAUAGAUGUAAAAAUUUUCUGUUCUACAUUUUCCCUUUCACUUUUCAUUUAAACAUUGCUGUAUCCUGCCUGUAUAUACUGUAGUGCAGUAAGUUUCCAAAGCAUGGUGUAUGAUGUACGAUAUAAUAGAAUGUUGCACUAAAUGCAGUUUAAUAUUUUUUUUAAUCAUAUGAGCUAAAAUUUGUUAAUUGUGAGGAGUGCUUUUUAUCAUCAUGUUUGUGUUGUAUUGCACAUUUGGUUAUAUUUAUGACCUGAAAUACAAGCUAUUGGCAUUAAUGGCCAGUGCAUUUCCUAUUUAAUUUUUUUGCCACAUGCUACACAAUGUUUACGUGAUUUACACUUGAAAUACAAGGUCAUUACUUUAAAGUUCACUAAUAUAAAACAAUAAAAUUGGAAAAUGAUUUUUCCAUUGAAAAUGUACCUGUACAGGUUUCUGUUGGUUUUUGAAGUAUUUUCCACUUAGCCAAACAAAAAUAUCAUACUCCUUUGAACUCUUCAUUUAUGUUUCCAGACUGCUCUUUUUUUUCCAUCUAGCUUAAUGACUAAAAUCUGAAUCAUUUUCUUGGUUUGGGAGUUGGUUGGUUUGUUUAAUUAAUACCAUAGCAUCAGUGUCCCUACUUUGUUAUGUUAUUAUAUCUUUAUAAAACUAUUACACUGGGCUAAUUUAAAGAAAUUUUUAUAGUUUCCCCAGAUAUUUAAGCUUAUACUCUCCUUUUUUUUUUUCUUUCAUGGCAUGCAUUUAAAAUCAUAGUGAAUGGUAUAUGAUGAGUUAUCUGUGUAUCUCAGGUAUGAGUCAAAAACUACAUCAUACAAACAUACAUGAGUUCAAGCUAAGAUGCCUUAUUGCAAUUAUCACAUUUCUGUGGUUUUUAUCCAUAGCAUUAUCAAAGUGUAAAUUAUAUUUUUAUUUUCAAAAAAAAUAGUUCUAACAUUUUAAUAUAUAAUUUUAAAGGAAUCUGCAUAUAUAUGUUUAUAUAGGUAUAUAUUCAUUGGAAUAUUUCUUUAUAGUUAAAUGGAAUAUUAUUUAAAUCUGGUACUAAAGUACAAAAAGUAUUCAUCUUAUAUACUUCUUGUUCUUAAUUUCUCAGGUGACUUUUCCUUCUUGUUAAGUUAUUGAUAGUAGCCACUCAGUUAAUCUCAGUUGAUCUUUGUCACCCACCAUGCUGAUUUAAUAAGGAAUAGAGAUUGAGGAUGUUUAACUUAACAAAGCAGUAGUGGUUUAAGUGAAGGAAUCAUUGUGUAUUUUUUUAGGCAUUUUUGCUUUUAGUGCCUUCAUAAUCUUGUUUUGAAUAAUCCAUAAACUGAAUAAGAUUCUCAGUUUAAUAUAUUUCUUGACAAUUUAAGUGAAAUAAAUUUCAAAAGUAUUCUUUUCCUUUCACCCCUCACUUUUGAAGGAUCUGUCAACUUGGAUUCACUAAUUUUUAGGUAGCUGUUUGCAUGGAAUUAUAAAUGUAUUUGACAAGAUCUUAAGUGGGGGGAAGAGGAACAAGAACUUUUGGUUUUGAUUAAACUUAAAACUUUGGGGUGGAAAGUAGACUGUAUUGCUAAACCUUGGCUACUACGUGCCUCAUUGCAACAAUAAGUGUUUCUAGCAAACUAAGCCAGGGUGAUUUUCAUUAAGAACUUUUGCUACUGAGAAGCAGGAAUAGGAGAGAGAAAUUGUUCUGAGUUACUUUAUUCCAGUUAUUGAAUACUGGUUAUGAAACUAUCAAGAAGCAUUUGCUUCUGGAUUAUUUAAAUGGUAGCAGGAUUAAAAUCUUAAGAAUUCUUGGGGAAAAAAUUCUGAGAUCUGUUUGGAAUUCAAAUUGUGGAUUAAUUUUUUAAAUUUACUUUUUCAUUGGUAAAAUAAAUCUUAAUACAGGAAUCUUAUAAUUUUGCUUCAAAGAAAUGUAUAGUUGUCAUGUAGGAUAAAUUUGGACUCUUAGAAACUUUGCUAAGAAACCACUAUUUUUAUAUAAUGGUAUUCCAGCAUUCAAAUAAUGGAAUUAGAAACUCAGAUCAUGUACUUCAUACAGCAGUAUACUGCAUCUAUUUUCUGUCUAGGUCAAAAGAUUCAUGUGAAUUCUGAACUCAUUCUGUAUCAACAAGUAUUUUAUUUUAUUUUUUUGCUAAUAUAACUAUUCUCAUAAACAGCUAAAUGUUCUCCUUGGUUACUCUGUAACUUUUCCUUUGGAUUAACAUGUAGUGAAGGAAUUCAUGCCAAUAGUGGUCCUGCCACAAUUACAAUGAAGCACUCAGCAUCCUCCCUCUAAGGCUAGAAAACACUUCUCAGUGAUGUAAAUGUAGAUAGGAAUAUUUUCUAAUACAAUUGUUACAAAACUAAGAACUAAAAUACUUCUCCUCCCUUAUCUUGCUAUUAAAAAAGGCUAAUUUUUCAGUCACAGAACUGAAGGAAAAUUUGUCUUUUUAAAAAGUAAGACAUUAGUAUUGGUGGCCCAGUAAUUAAAUAGUAAUGGCAUUUCAUGAAAACCUACAUGGUUCAAAUGUUUUGUAUUUAAGUCAUUUAUAUUCUUAGUGAAUGCCAUUUUUGCCUAAUUUUCCCUUGACCCCUGUAUAAUAAGUAAUAACUUGUUAGAAUAUUGUCUUGUGUUUCUUGUCUCUUGUAAUUACUAUAUUUUGUAUUUUAUUUAUAAAGGAAUUUUGUAAUGGUAUUGCAUGUAUCUUGAACAUGUGCUUGUUCAGCCAGUUUUAAGAGUUCAGUCGUAAUGAGUCGUAAACUCAUUAGAUUCACCAGAACAUUUGGUCAGAUUCUAGGAUUACCACUCUAUGGAUACUCAUAAUAUAGUUUAUUAUUUUCCAGGCUUAAAUGCACAAAUGAUUCCUCUUUAUGCUGAUCAACACUAAAACAUUUGUGGAGAAUAUGCCAUAUUUUUCAGUCCUAGAAAGUUUUUAUGAAUUUUGAAUAGUACUGGAACAGUCAUUCAUAUACUUUGUACUGGACCCACUGCAAGAAAAACAGAACAUCUGAGGCAUCUUAAGUGUUUCCACUGAGUUAAAAAAAAAAAAAGUCUCCUGAAAUAAGGCAGGCACAAAGAAAGACAGCACGAGAGAGCCACAUUUCACCCAAAUAAUAGAGACGCCUUUUUAAAAAUAAUUUCAGUUUAUCUUCUUUCCACAAGUUAAGGCUCUGAGAUAUAAACUUCAAAAUAAAGUUGGUAUUUGCAGUUAGGAUAUCUUAUAAGAGAGGGAAAAUCAAGCUGUUCAUCUAAUUAGUUCAGUGCUCCAAAUAGUCUGAGAAGUUAGAUCCAAAAAAGUUUGAUUCUUCACUUGGCAAUUUUCAUAUCAUCAUUUAAAAAGAACUGACAAAAAAAAUUGCAUCUGCUUAUAGCCCUAAAUCAUUUAAAAAAUAUUUUAUUGCUAUCUUUUUGCUUCAUAUCACCUUGAGUACUUCCAUCAAUGGGGAUUCACUACCUCACACAGAAGGCUUGCCUCCCUUAGAUUAGGGCUUUUAACAUUUAGAAUGAAGUUUCAUAUAAAAUAUGAAAUGAGAUAGCCUUAAUUUCACAUUUGUACAUUUUAAAUUUGUUUUUAAUUUAAUUGGGCCAUAUCUAUGAAGCUAUCAAUAUAAGAAGCUCUAUGUGGGGUACUUGACCUGACCAGGCCUGAGAGACUGAGUGACUUGCCCAGGGUCUCAUUGCCAAUGUACCAAAGGCAGAAUUAUUCCAAGACUAGCUCCCUGUCCACCACACAUCUGCUGGAUCUUAAUUGAAUCAUAUGCACUAUCCUGAUAGUUUAUGGCACUUUUUGAAUGAUAUUAAUCCAGCUCUUAAAUAAAGGAUAUUUUAUAGACUUGUUAGAAAUGACGGGCUUAUUGAGACAGAGGCCAAAAAUGUCACUGACAUCAUAGGAUUUAGAGCUGGAAGUGACCAUAGAGGUAAUAUGGAACUCAACUACCAAUGAUUAAAGAAAAAUGAGGGAACUGAGGUGCAUAGAAGUUAAUUGACUGUGGUAAAGUUCUAAAUGUCCUGCUUCCAGACUACCUUAUAGAUCAUCUUAUUGGGAGGAUAAUCUUAAAGAGAAACAGAUUCCUCCUGACCUACAUAUUGACUUUGGAAACCAUAUCUAGGUUCUGUGGAAUUUGUUUAUUUUGUUACUGUUUCCCAGGUGUUCAUGCCAGUCAUGUGUUUGACACAUUUCAUCUCAUUUAAUCCCUUCAUUGUAUAAAUGAGGAAACUGAUACCCAGACAAGUGAAAUGACUUCUGCCAAAGUCAGAGAGCUUGUUCUCACGUCCCCUGGGCUAGAUCCAGGCACAAGGACUCGCUGUUCAGGACUCUGAACAUAUACUAGAUUGCCUGUACCACAUCAGAGAGAUGCUGUCUCUUCAAGCUACCACAAGGAAAGUCAAAUGAGCGCUUUCUUACUCAUAUUUUGAUGAAAUUGUUUCACUAAGUAAUUUAAAAAAUAAAAUCAAGUUAAUCAUGUUUUUUUAAUCAUUCUUUUCAGCUUUGACCCAUAUGCGGUCAUAAUUGUUCUUUUACCUUUAAAGCAAUCUUAGUUUGAGACUUUUCAUGGUUAUGAAAUAUAGAAACUUUUUUCAAUUCAAUAAGUUUUCUAGCAAGUUUCUGACCCAGUAUGAAAGUAUAAACAUCCUUUUCUCCAGAUUAUUUUUUUAUUCUUAUAAAACAAUUCAUUAUUCUUUUAACAUGGAAGUUUAUGAAUAGAUCAACUAAAGAUAAUCUUUUAGAUUCUGAAUAAACCAAAUCAUCUUAAAGGUUUUUAAAUUAGCUUCUAGUUUCAGAAUUAUCUCUAAUUGAGAUGCCAAAGCCAUCAUAGGCAGUUGUGUAGGUAUCAACUUAAAAAAAAAAAAAAAGCUGGUUGUUUUUAAAAGAAUUUUAAGAGUGAUUCAUUAACCAGUCUUACACACUGGAAUUUGUAUAUAAACCAUUUGUCACACACACAAACACACACACAUGCACGCUACAUUAACUGUGUUAACUUGGGCGACAAUACUCUUGUAUGAUGUCUUGCCAAUAAAGGUAUUGCUAUGGACCCA